GUGGGAGUGGAGUGAGAGGGGCCAUUUUGACUUUCUGGUCAAAGGAAAUGACUGGUCUGACGGGGUCUGGGAGCCGGAGUACGCAGGGUCUAAGGAUAACUCUGGGACCAUAACAGCCAUGAUUCUCACAGAUGACUCCAGAUUUCUGCAUUCUGGGCAAUGUCAGGUGCCACUGAACUUGAUCUGACACCCAUUUCCUAGAGGAUGGCCAAGGGGCUCUUGGUGACCUAUGCCCUCUGGGCUGUAGGGGGCCCUGCUGGGCUUCACCACCUGUACCUUGGGCGGGACAGUCAUGCACUGCUCUGGAUGCUUACCCUGGGGGGGGGUGGGCUGGGCUGGCUCUGGGAAUUCUGGAAGCUCCCAAGCUUUGUAGCUCAGGCCAACAGAACCGAGGGGCAGAGGCAGAGCUCCGGAGGGAGGACACCCCCUCUGAGUCUUAUUCGCUUUGUCGCCCAGAUGAUAGUGGGCAUCUAUUUUGGCCUGGUGGCUCUCAUUAGCCUUUCUUUCAUGGCCAACUUCUAUAUUGUGGGCCUCCCACUGGCAGUUGGCUUAGGGGUCUUGCUGGUGGCUGCUGUUGGCAACCAGACCUCAGACUUUAAGAAUACUCUUGGGGCAGCAUUUCUUACUUCCCCUCUUUUCUACGGCCGCCCCAUAGCCAUCCUGCCCAUUAGCUUGGCUGCCAGCAUUACAGCCCAGAAGCAUCGCCGCUAUAAAGCUUCAGUUGGGUCAGAGACGCUCAGUGUUCGGCUCUAUCGUCUGGGCUUGGCUUACCUGGCUUUCACAGGCCCACUAGCCUACAGCGCCUUUUGCAACACAGCUGCCACCCUCAGCUAUGUGGCAGAAACCCUUGGCUCCUUCUUGAGUUGGUUCAGCUUCUUCCCCCUCCUUGGCCCCCUCACGGAGUCUUUCCUCCUUCUGCCUUACCGGGUCUGGAGGCUGCUGGUGGGGGAUCCUGGCUUCAGCAGCGGCUACUUCCGGGAGUGGGAGAAGCUCUAUGAGUUUGUUAGCAGUUUUCAGGAAGAGAAGCGUCAGCGGGCUUACCAGGUUUUGAGUCUCUCAGAGGGAGCAACAAAUGAAGAAAUACAUCAAAGAUACCGGCAGCUAGUGAAGAUCUGGCACCCUGACCACAACCGGCACCGAACCGAGGAGGCUCAGAGGCAUUUCCUGGAGAUUCAGGCUGCAUAUGAAGUCCUGAGUCAGCCCAGAAAGCCCAGGGGAUCCUGGAGGUGAGAAGAAAUUUCCCCUUGGGAAUGGACUGUUUCUGGCAGAACCAAGCAGCUUGUCCCAGCCCAGCUUUGCCCACUUGGGUCAUCCCAAUAGCGUUAAAGAAACUGACUGUUGGCAGUGGGGAUGAGAACAACUUAAAGGGGUAAGAAAGCUUUUGUGGUAGAAGAAUGUAUAUAUGUUGCAAAUUUCUGAAUUCUCAUUAUUGUAUUCCUGACAAUUUCUUCUUAAAAUCAGAUAGUG